AUGGAGUUCGAAGCCCAGCGCCUCUGCGAGAUCGCGCAGCAGCGCCUGUCGUUCGUGGCCGCGCAGGUCGGCGCGGGGAUGCCAGAGUCCGUCUUGCUGCAGGCUCAGGCGAACUCGCUCGUGGCAACGUUCUCUGCCUCGCAGGCCGUCACCAUGACGGUGGCCACCCAGGUAACAGGCCACAUCACUCGCGGCCCUUGGACGGCCGAUCAGAAGCUCCAGUUGGCGACGGCCCUCAACGAUGCAGCUGCCGCUCGCGAACUUCAGCGGAGGGGGCCUGCGCGGUGCCAGCAGUUAUGCCUCGAGGUGCACACCUUCCUGACGCAGUCCGACUGGGCCGCCUUGUGUGACCCCAUGCAGUCCGAGCUGGCCAAGGCCAAUGUGGUCGGCACGCGCAUGUGGAGGUGCGGAAUCACUUGCCCCGCUGAGAAGACUCUGAUGGCUGCUGGCGCCGUCAUCUUGUGUUCCCACUACUCGGACGUCUCAGCGAUCAGCGGUGACCAUAAGCGCAAGACCUGCGAGAACGUGCAGAGCGUGAUCAAGUCCAUCGACAAGACCAAGGCCUACCCGCACGCGCACAGACCUCGCUACACCACGCCAGCAGGACUGGAUGCUGGCUCCUUCAGGUUCGCGUACCCUGACCCCUCUGACCCGCCAGUUGCUUGCCCAGCCGAGGUCGACGUCACCAAGAUCACCAUGUGCUACAGGAACACAGCGAACGAGCGCAGGGCAAGCAGCGCCCCACCCACGGUGCCCGCCAGGCCCGCGUUUGCCAGCUCGGGCGAUCAGCCGCCAGCAAUGCAGUUGGCUCUUCCACGUGCGGAUCGGCCUCAGUAUCAGUGCCCCUUGCAGCUCCUGGCAAGCCUGGCUACACAGGCGCUCGGCCAAGGUGGUUUCGAUGCGCUUCAGCCCUUGGCCAACCAGUUCGGCCUUAACUUUCAGCCGCAGAUGUUUCAGCAGCCAGCCGCGCCGCCAUGCGGCAUCGCGCGCCCGCCGUCGGCCGCGGCGGCUGCGGCUGGGGCGGCUGAUCUGCCUACCCAGGCGGUCUCGGCAGGGGGGCCCGCGGCCCCCCAUCACCCGCCCGUCGACCCCGAUGAUGAGCUCCUCGAGCUGGAGCAGAGCAUGGUCGACGCCGCGAAGGCCAAGAAGAAGAGGGGCGCAGCCGCGGCCCGUGCGGGCACGGCCAAGGGCAAGGGCAAGGGCAAGGGCAAGGGCAAGGGCAAGGGCAAGGGCAAGGCCAAGGCCAAGGCCAAGGCCAAGCCUGCGGGCAAGGCCAAGGCCAAGGCCGAGGCCGCAGCUGACCCGCAGCCUGCUGCAGGCAGUGCGAAGAAGGCCAAGCGCACGGUGGACUACUCCCAGUGGUUGAAGCCCCACGACGCCAAGGGUGCCACCCGCGGCGCCUACACGAGCAGGGCGUACGACAACGCCAAGCGCUUGGCAUCCAGCUACGGCCACAGCGACGACGCGAUCGUGAAGAUCGCCCGCAAGGCAUACUCGGAUGCCGCCGACGUUUGGAGCAAAGCGAACAAGGCGGGUGGCAGGAAGUAA